AUGGCUGAACUAGAGCAGAAGAUGGCAAUGUCCCGCAGCAUAAUGAAGAAGCUCUAUCACAAAAACGUUGAGCUGGAGAAAGAACUUGCCAUUGUGAAGGCAAACCAUGGCGGCGUGGACCUUACCCAACCGCCCACCAUGCACGGUCCGCUCCGUCCGGCCACCGCUGCCGCCGGGCUCGGGCUGACGGACACCACACCCUCAUUCCAGGCGCUACAGGAGCGUGACCUCACUAUUCGCCAGCUACAGCAAGCCCUAGAGGCCUCCCGACGCCGGUGCUCGCUGCUAGAGAUGCAGCUGGCGAACGGGGUCCCUGGUGGCGGUCCGGGUGCGGCGCUGGGCGGCACCGGCGGUCGAGGGGGGGGGCUAGCCGGGCUAGGCGCACAGGGUGUCAACCCGGACAGCCUGCGCGACAUGCUGGCGCAGUCUGCCCUACACCACCAGAAAUAUAAGCAAAUCCGCGAGGACUACAAUCGCCUGCUCAAGAAACGUGCCAGCGCUCUGCAGACGGGCUCCCGCUACAGUGCCGCCACCGCAGUUGCUGCCAGGACGCUCGUGGAGGACCUGCGGAAGCGGCUGGACGAGGAGGUGCAAGAACGCGAGGCGGAGGCUGCGCUGUACAGCGCCAAACUGUACGAGAGCGAGAAGGCCAUGUCGGACUGGUACGUGGAGAAGCGGCUGCUGGAGGACCACAUCACCCGCCUCACUGCGGAGCUGGCAGAGCGGGAUAAGAUCGACGGAGAGAUUGAGGGCUGCGUCACGGCCAUGCUGGAGCGCCUACGCACGUUGGAGGCUGAGAAUGAGGAGCUGCGAGGCCGGUUGUCAGCGACCAGCUGUCCCAACCGCGCCGUAAACCCGAGUCGCCAGGAUCCGAUCUGA